AUGUCUCGUGGUUUCCACACUGGGCUCCCUACAUAUAGUUUCUCAUUUAAGGCAAAAACUUAUCAUCAACAACAUCGUAAGAGAUCAACGGUGAAAGUGUUUCGAGUUCCAAGAGUUUGUUUGGUGGGAAUGAGGGAAGAAAUUGGGGAAGAUAAGGGCUGGGGACUAAUUACUUGUAGAAUGGGGAAUGAGUUAGCGUAA